ACUUUCCCCCCUUGAAAAUGGCCUCUCCAUUCACUGGUCCCACAGCAGUUUCUGAUGUAAUUAAAGACCUAGAUACUCAAAUAGCUCUGAUUGGUUUAGGACCUCACACUCCCAAGAAGAAGCAAGAUCUUGACAAAUUCUAUGAUCUGAAGGCUAAAGCCCAGCAGAUUAUGAACCAAUUUGGUCCAUCUACCUUGAUCAACUUAUCCAGUUUUUCCUCAAUCAAGCCAGAACCUUCUAGUACUCCCCCACAUACCUCCAUGGCAAACAAUACCACUGUGGCAAAGAUGCCUGGGACUCCUAGCAGCGGAGGGCGUCUUAGUCCUGAAAGCAGCCAGAUCUUAACCAAGAAAAAACUGCAGGAUCUUGUCCGGGAGGUGGAUCCCAAUGAGCAACUGGAUGAAGAUGUAGAGGAGAUGCUGCUGCAGAUUGCUGAUGACUUCAUUGAAAGCGUGGUGACAGCUGCCUGCCAGCUUGCACGACACCGCAAAUCCAACACCCUGGAAGUGAAAGACGUCCAGCUGCACCUCGAGCGCCAGUGGAAUAUGUGGAUCCCAGGUUUCGGUUCUGAAGAAAUUAGGCCAUAUAAAAAAGCCUGCACUACUGAAGCUCAUAAACAGAGGAUGGCGUUGAUCCGCAAAACAACCAAGAAAUAAUGCCUGGGAAAGGCAAGGAGAUAAAAAUGGCUUUUCUGGGACUGGG